CACAGAAGGCUAUGAAUAUGAUCCCAUUAAAGAGGUAUGCAAAGAUAUUGAUGAGUGUGCCAUUGUCUCUGAUGCCUGCAAAGGAGGCAUGAAGUGCAUAAACCACUAUGGCGGCUACCUCUGCCUCCCUCAGAAUGCCCAGAUUUUUGUCACUAAUGGAGAUGAAUCAUCCCAGCGCACAGACCCUAUUCCCCAAACCCCCCUUAACCCGCUGAACCCCACUAACCCACAGACCCCUCAAACUCGCACCCAGUCAAACCAUAGAGGUGUAGCAGCUGGAGCCACACAGUGCUUGCUGGGCUUUACACUGGAUGAGCAAAACUACUGCCAAGAUGUAGAUGAAUGCUCUCAAGGCCUACACACAUGCAAUGCAGACCAGAUCUGCUAUAACACCAGAGGCUCCUACACCUGUCAGUGUCAUCCUGGAUACCAGAAACAUGGAGAACAAUGUGUGGAUAGAAAUGAGUGUAUGCUAUCACACUACUGCAUGCACAGAUGUGUGAACACUGCUGGCUCUUAUUACUGUGAGUGUAAAGAUGGCUACCAGCUCGCCAGCAACAACCACAGCUGUGUAGAUGUGAAUGAGUGUGAUCUGACUCAGCCGUGCCAACAUCAGUGUUUCAACCUCCUGGGCUCAUAUGUCUGUCAGUGUGAUCAGGGUUAUGAACUCGCGCCGGAUUCAGUCUCAUGUGUGGACAUCGAUGAGUGCGCAUUCUCCAGCUACAUGUGCCAGUAUGUGUGUUUUAACAGCCCGGGUGGAUAUUCCUGCAUCUGCCCAGAGGGAUAUCAGCUGCAGAGAACAAGAAUGUGUCAAGACAUCAAUGAGUGUGACACAGGCCACGAGUGUAGGGAAGAUGAGAUGUGCUGGAACUAUUACGGAGGUCAUCGCUGUUACCCUCAGAACCCAUGUCUGGAGCCUUACGUGCUGACGUCGGAAAACCGGUGUUCGUGCCAGUCUGCGGGUGCGUGUCGAGGCCUGUCGCAGUCUAUUGUUUACAAAUACAUGAGCAUUCAUUCAGAGCGCACCGUACCAGCAGAUAUCUUCCAGAUUCAAGCCACAAACAUCUUCCCCAGUGCACACUACACCUUCAGGAUUAAAGCUGGCAAUGAUGGAGGAGAGUUCUUCCUUAGGCGGUUCAGCAGCAUUGGUGCAAUGCUGGUCUUGACCAAGUCCCUGGAGGGCCCUCAGGAGCUGAUCGUUGAUCUGGAGAUGAUCACUCAACACACAGUGAUGAACUAUCGCUCAAGCUCUUUACUACGGCUCACCAUCAUCGUGGGACCCUACCCCUUCUAACACUACUGCAGCUUCACACAUUUAUACACACCCAGACUGCUUGCAUUAAAGCUACACGCAGCGACGGUGAGAUGUUAUGAACUGCUGACUGUUCUAAUGUGUCUUUGACUUGCAGUCAUAAAAAAAAUAACCUGAAUCUUAUUCAUAUUAUGCCACUAAAAUGGUUGCCAAUGUGACAAAAAAAUAACAUUUUAUAUUGAUCAUUUAAAAUCUAAAAACUUUAUUGGUUUUGUCGUAUUUCAUCAUCAUCUGAGGCCGAGUCGCAGAGGAGAUGGUGUAGAGAGGAUUUUGAGUGUGAUCAACCACUGAAAAGUAUUCAUGAACAGAAUAGAAUGGAUGCUUUUGAAUGAAUUUCUACUGUAUAUGAAGGAUGGGUGAUUGUUAGUCACACUCAAGUACAGCACGGUUACCAAAAGCAUCAUCUUAUCGUGAGUUUAUUCACAUUUGCAAGUACGAGUUCUGCUUGCUUUCAGAGUUUGUCAGUUAAAAAACUGGGGACACGAUAGGUUUGAGAACAAACAUCUCAAACGGUUAGACAGCCUUGGCGUCAUAAACGGAAUAACACGACUGGUGCCAUGCUUCAAUAUAAAUGACACACAUUUCCAUUACUAAACUAUAACCAUUACUAAAAAUGACCAGUUAUGUUCUGUAACAGUUUCAUAUCAAGUAUAAAUUAGGAGUCUUUUUUAUUCAGAAAUUUGUCAGCACAUUGACGAAAACUCAUCAAGCCACAUCACAGGAAGUUCACAUUUUUGGCACCUUUUAAUUCCAUUGUAAUCUUUCUCUCUCUCUUUUUUUUGCAUUAAAAUUCUUUAGUUUGAUUGUAAUCAACAUUAUGCUACAAAUGCUUAAUUUUGCAAUUUCAAACCUUGCCUGACUGACAGCCUUUUUUUUUUAUCAGAGGCAUGUCAGUAAUAAUGGUGUGUUUGGUCUGUUCAGAGUGAAAUAACGUCAAAAGUGAAAAGAGAUUACAUUUAAUUGCAAGUUGUAGGGCAGCUCUUAAAUGGAGUGUAUAAAUGGUUAUGCAUAAAUUUGUAAUAAUGAUCUUGACAACAACAAAAAAAGUGACUGCAGUUGAUUCCUAAAUAAAUUCUAAUUCUCCGUUGUCAUUUUUAAGUCUGGAGCCUUGCUAAUUUAAGAACAAGCAUUUACUCAGUGCCAUGUCUUUAUUAAAUGUUCCUGCAAUUGUUUGCACUUUCAUUGAUUGAAUUCAUUGAUGUGAAGGUGUACGUGACUGAACGACUCUACUGUAUAACAGCUUUCUCGCUGACUAUUGCUUAACUGUUGUCAGCAGACAGUAGUGUUUUGGCACAGGAAUGUUGAGUCAUCUACCUAAAUUAUAAUUUUUUUGAAGGGGCACAAUUUGUAGAGUCCUUUCUUUCUAACCCUAACCUGCAAAUUUUGGUCACUAAUAGAUGGAGAACAGUGGUCAAGCACAAAUUUGAGAUCUUUCAGCUGAUGUGUAUUUUGUCAGUAAACAUAGAAAGUGAAAGUGGUGACCUCCGGCAUGUUAAAAGUUUGUCAAAAAGUUUGUGUAUGGGUAUCGUAUGUUGGUUUAGUUGCAUUGCUAACCUAUGUUGUGCACUGAUGACAUGAAAAUAACCUGAUCCUGGUUUUGCAAUUUCUCAUAAUUCAUCUGCUUUCAAAUAAAUAGGCUUCAGCCUGACAUUACUCUCUAGCUGAAACACAGAUAUCUUGUUAGCUUUUAACAAGGAUGAAAAAAUACAUUAAUAUCCUGUUAUGGAACUUUUUGGUCUUUAAUAAAAAUUGAUUUUCAAUGGUUGACCAUCAUUAUUUGUACACCGAACAAAAACAGUUCAAAAU